AUGACGAUCCCAUGUUCCAACCACGGAUUUUUCGAAGGAGGAAUAUCAUUUGACACCAUAUUGCCUCACCUCAUAGUCUCCGGUGCUCGAGGUGGUCAGCUUCAGCUACUUAAAUCGUACCCAGAAUUCUGGCGGGAAGAGGUUGCCCUUGAAAGAAUGAUAUCCCUUUGUAGGAAACGGCUACAUCACAGUGUUGCCGUGCCUCUACGUCAAGUGGGUGAUCGGCGACUGUCCUUUGAGAACGACGAACGAAAUGAAUUUGCUCAAGCAGUUUUGGACAGCGUAGACAACUUCGAAUCACCUCGGCUCUACUUCAUCGGUCACUCUCGAGGCGGAGAGAAUGCGCUACAAAUGGCAACAUCACCCCUGAAUAUUAAAAACGUUCAUGGAGUGAUUAUGCUCAACUCGGCGGGUCUCCGAAUACAUCGAGGUCUUGAGCCAUUUUGGAAGAUCAGCAUCACCCUACGAUUGUUAGACCUCCGUGUAUUGAACUUCUUUCUUCACCCCCUUCUAUAUAUUGUGUACAACUAUGCUCUCGGUCUCCGUGUACCGUCGGGUUCAGCUGCUGAAGCGGCACUUCGCUCAAUGCGCACAUUUGCUCUCAGUCGCAUAAUGCCAUGUCUAGACGCCAUAAAUCAAAAUAAUCAGGUUCGAUUUCUGCAUGCGUAUUCUGGAAGCGAUUUCCUGAUAGAGGCCGAAGUCAGCAAAGAACUUGCAUCGAAACUGGAAAGACGAAUCGAAUUGGAAUGUGCUGUCCCGGAUAGCGACGAGAUUACAAGAGCCACUAUUAGAGCCUUCUCAAGGGGCUAUCAGACGGUGUCAGUCAACUUUGUGAAAGAAGGUCAUUUUCUACAAAAAUUUCGUGCCAAGUAUCUUGUUGAUGUGAUACUCACCCUCAUUCGAAUGUGA